AAACUGAGCAUGAGGAAACCUUUUCAUCUGACUCAUCAAAAUUAUCACGAGUUUGAGUGAGUAAAACGAGAAGCUGUGGGCAGCAGACUGAAGUGUCCAUGCCUAAGUCAGUCAGACCAAACCCAUAGGCCUCAACGGUAUUUAAGUGUCAUCCUGGUCAGUGAAUCACAUCUUUUGUUGCCUGCACUCUGGCUCUUCUGUAAUGAAAAAGAAAAGAAAUUCUAAUAUCUGAAGCCUGACAGGAGGUAUUGUGGUAUUUCUUUAAUCAGAAUCGGAAUCAGAAAAGGAUUUAUUGCCAAACAUUCAUUUCCAGUCAUGGGUGACUGGUCUUAUAUGUCCUCACUGCUAGACAAGGUCCAGUCUCACUCUACUGUGGUGGGGAAGAUCUGGAUGACCGUCCUCUUCCUGUUUAGGAUCUUUGUCCUGGGUGCUGCUGCAGACAAAGUCUGGGGAGACGAAGUGUCAGAGUUCAACUGUGACACCAAGGAACCAGGAUGUCAACAUGGCUGCUACAACUGGAUGUUCCCAAUAUCCUACAUUCAUUACUGGGUCCUGCAGAUCACCUUUGUGUCAACACCUACCUUAGUCUACCUAGGCCAUGCUGUCCACAUCAUCCACAAAGAGAAGAGGAUGAUGGAGAAGCAGCGGGACAGCACAAAUGGAACUGUACUUAUGAAGCCAAGAUAUACAGAUGACAGAGGGAAGGUAAAGAUAACAGGCAUCCUCUUUUGCACUUACAUGACCCAGCUGAUCUUCAAGAUCAUCCUGGAGGUGGGAUUCAGUGUGGGCCAAUUCUACAUCUUUGGCACCGUGUUUAUGGUCCGCUACUUCCACUGUACUAUAUCUCCACCUUGUGCCCGUUUAAGUGGUGCCCAGUGUUACAUUUCUCGUCCCACCGAGAAAACAAUUUUUGUCGUCUUCAUGCUUGUGGUUUCAGGCAUUUCGGUGAUCCUUAACAUCAUGGAAAUAAUCUACCUGCUCUGUACCAAGAAGAGAGACACCAGGAAAAGGCUUCAAGCUCAGCAGCAUGUGCUCAUCUCAAAGCAGUGCCCAUCCAACCCAGCUUGGGGAACCAUGAGCAGCAAGUAUGGAGGGUUCCCAUUGUUGCCUCUACCAACCCAGGGUACGACAGACCUCUGCAAUUAUGACAAACACAUUGACUCUGUCAGUAAAGAGAAGGACACGUGAUACAUGAAUUAUACAUUAUACACUUUGGAUGUUUCUUGUUAUUAUUUUUCUUAAGUUACUCUUAAAUAUUUACUUUAAAAAUUAAAAUAAAUAAAAAAUCACAAUGCUGCACUCUAAUGGUCAAUAACACCAGCUCCCAGAACCUGGGGGAUGGAGCCUGGUCAGCCCUCAAAAAGACAUUGGAAGGGAUCUGAGUAUUACAUUGGAUGAUGAGGAGUGGGACAGAAUUUGUAGUAAUAUUAAAACUAUGUCACGCGAUGUGAGAGUGCGCAUAAUUUCAGUUCAAGAUUAUGCAUCACUUCUAUUGGUUGGAUUGAAGUGACCCAGAUUCCAUCCAGCCCAAGAUUAUUUGUUCUAGGAGAUUGGGCAAUCCUAAAAGGAAUAUAUAAGCACAUACAAAGUUGGGUCCAAACUAGUUUAAUGAUAGUCAGACCGAUUCUUUUAAGAGGAUGGAGGAAUGAAGGGGUGCCUUCAAUUCAAGAGUGGGCUUGUGAAAUGGUUAGGGUGGCGGUUUGCCAAAUUGGAUUUCUACACAGGAAAAUGGGGAAAGUACUUGAGUUUCCUGGAGGGCUCCCAAUAAAUUUAUGUUUAUUUUGUUUAUUGUGUUAUUAUUUUGUUGUAUGGAUGUAAUCACAAAUAACACCAGCUCCACAGUAUCAGACAUGCUGAGUGGAAGAUAUACAGUUCCAAUGAUGAAGUGGAUUUGUAACAAUUUAUUUCAGUCAUUCUUCAGUAAAGGUCAUUGAAGUCAAUCUGUUAUCAUGUGCACCAAAUUUGUAAUAUGUCAUAUUUGUAUUGACAAUAUGCAAUAAAUGUAUACACUUUGCAACAGUGUGUGAUCAUAAGCCAUUAGCUUACUAAAUAAGUAAUCAUUUACCCAUAAUUCAAAUUGUUUCUUAAUUAUUAGUAAAUAAUUUAGUGUACCAUUAAACUGUUGGAAGUCAUUAAUAAACCAGCUGCUCUGAUGUGAA